AAGGUCUACUUUGUGGGGUGCGGGCCGGGAGACCCGGAGCUGAUCACCGUAAAGGCAAAGAGGCUGAUCCAGCAGGCAGACACGGUGGUGUACUCGGGCUCGCUGGUUCCAGAGCCGAUAAUGGAGUUCUGCCGCGGCGCAGAUCUGCACGAUGCGUCGGGCCUAGUACGCGAGGAGAUAUUUGACAUACUGCGCGGCAGCGCAAAGAAGGGCAAGCUCGUGGUGCGCCUGCACGACGGCGACCCUACGAUAUACGGCGCCAUAAGGGAGCAGAUGGACGGCCUCGCAGGCGAGGGCAUCGAGUCGGUGAUAGUCCCCGGGGUUACGUCGUUUCUUGCAUCUGCUGGCGCCCUAGGGGCCCAGCUCACGCUGCCGGGCGUGACCCAGACCAUAAUCAUCACCCGCGCCGAGAAGCGCACCCGGGUGCCAGAGCGUGAAAGGAUCUCCGAGCUGGCAAGGCACCAGGCAACCAUGGUCUUCUACCUCAGCGUUCACCUCCUCAAUGACAUUGUGCGGGAUGUGAUCGGCGGCGGAUACACCGAGUCGACGCCGGCGGCGGUGGUCUACAGGGCCAGCUGGGACGACCAGAAGGUCAUCGUGGGCACCCUGGCGGACAUCGCAAAAAAGACGAGGGCGCACAAGAUUACAAAGACUGCCAUCGUGAUCAUAGGCCAGGUCAUCAACCCAGAGUCGUACGAGUACUCCAGGCUCUAUGACAAGUCGUUUGGCCACGGCUACCGGAAGGCAAGACCCGUCACAGAGCGAUAG